UACGUCCUGACGUCGACGUGCGAAAUUCAAACUUGAGCAACAAAACACGAAUAGAUCCAUGCAAAAAACUCGCCUUCUGCUUUUCCGUAUGCACGGGGUGGAUUUCUAACUCGUUUAACAACAUUGUGUGACGAUUUUGGGACAGUUGUAGAGAGUUUUGGGUGUGCCGUGGUCACAGAGCUCAGCACGAUGCCAGUGGAAAAGACAGAGCUGCGUGGAGCGGAAGAACUACACAAAUACUAUGAAGUUUAUGAGACAAUAGGCUCAGGUGGCUUUGCUAAAGUAAAACUUGGGCGGCACAAACUGACAGGCGAAAAGGUUGCCAUAAAGAUAAUGAGCAAAAAGGACCUUGGGGAUGACCUGCCUCGAGUGAAGCUGGAAAUUGACGCCAUGAAGAACUUAAGCCAUCAGCAUGUCUGCCGCCUUUACCAAGUUAUUGAGACAUCCACACAGAUUUUUAUGGUGAUUGAGUACUGUCCUGGUGGAGAGCUGUUUGACUACAUAAUUGCCAAAGACCGUCUUUCAGAGGAGGAAACCAGAGUAUUUUUCAGGCAGAUUGUGUCAGCUAUUGCCUAUGUCCACAGUCAAGGUUUUGCUCAUAGAGAUCUUAAACCGGAAAACUUGUUGAUUGAUGGAGAUCACAAUUUGAAACUUAUAGACUUCGGUCUGUGUGCUAGACCUAAGGGUGGUCUGGGCUAUGAGCUGAUGACGUGCUGUGGCAGUCCCGCUUACGCUGCUCCUGAACUCAUCCAGGGGAAAGCCUACAUCGGUUCAGAGGCCGACGUAUGGAGUAUGGGAGUGCUGCUGUUCGCUCUGCUCUGUGGGUAUCUGCCCUUUGAUGACGACAACUGUAUGGUGCUUUACAGAAAGAUCACACGAGGCAAAUAUGACAACCCACACUGGCUCUCAACCGGGAGCAUUCUCCUCCUGAACCAGAUGAUGCAGGUGGACCCCAAGCGUCGUCUUACUGUCAGACAGUUGUUGGAUCAUCCCUGGGUGUUAAAAGAUUACAACAGCCCUGUUGAGUGGCACAGCAGGCUGCCGCUAGGCCAUAUUGAUGAGGACUGUAUUACUGAGAUGGCUGUCAACAUGAAGCGGUCAAGAGACACAACUGCACUAGUGAAAGAGUGGCAGUAUGACCACACCACAGCCACCUACCUGCUGCUGCUGUCAAAGAAGCAAAGGGGUAAGCCUGUCAGACUGCGCGCUGAACCAGUGCUCCGUGAGGACUCCUGCUCUCCAUUACACCAGGGACUCCAGACAAAAGAAUCUCUUCAAUUCAGUGAGGAUGAAGAUGGUGUGAUUGUUGGUUCUUUGGACUUUUACUCUGAAUACUUGGACGAUUCCCCGUGGCGUACAGUCACACCAAAUACACCCAAAGAAAGGCAGGAUAAAAUCCCAAGCAAUAAAGUGAUGAGAAUGGCAUCUCCAGUCGUAGAGAGAAGAUGUGCUUACAGCCCAAUGCCAGAAAGGGGGCGAGCUGCUGGGCACCGCCCUGAGAGGCGGGAAAAGAACCAGGAGCACACCACAGAGAAUAAAGAGAACAUAGGAGUUCCAGAGCGAGAUGCAGAUAAAUUCUUGGUGCCUCCUCCUCAAACUCCUGUAUCCAGUAAAAAGACCGGCCGACCCAACAAGAAUGUGCUCACAACUCCCAAUGACAAUGUCAGCACCAAAACCUCAGUAUCGCCAAGAGUUGGAGGUAGUGCCAGCAAAGAUCAGAAGAAGACCAAAACAUCAUCAGAGAAUGGUGAACCUUCAAAUCUAGAAAUAAUGGCUUUGAGUCCUGACAGACGGUCUCGAUCUUUGGACAUGGCCAGCAGUGGAGACAGUGGUAAGAAGAGGAGGGCAGGUAAAAUGUUUGGGUCCUUGGAAAGAGGCCUAGACAAAGUAAUCACCAUGCUCACUCCAAGCAAGAGACGAGAUGGUCCACGCAAGAUUAAGGUGCAAUACAAUGUGACGCUGACUAGUCAAACAAACCCAGAUCAGGUCUUGAAUCAGAUCUUGUCUGCUCUACCAGAGAAAAAUGUCGACUUUACACAGAAAGGGUAUACAUUGAAGUGCCAGACGUGGGGUGAUUUUGGAAAGGUGACCAUGGCGUUUGAGUUGGAGGUCUGCUUUCUGCAGAAGCUCGACGUUGUGGGGGUCCGGAGGCAGAGGCUUAAGGGAGAUGCUUGGGUCUAUAAGCAUUUAGUUGAGGAUAUCCUUUCCUCAUCCAGUAUUUAAAACAUUUUGUUUCUGUUUUAAGAGCACUAUGUACAAGAAGGAAGAAGACAAUGGAGCUCAAAAGUGACCGCCGCCCCACCCUCCGCACGGUUCUGGAAGUAAAUUUUUCAUUCAUUUUCCCUUAGACCUUCCAAAAAAAUUUAUGUUAAAAGUCUGAAAGCUUGUUUUCAGGGCUAAUCACCUACGUGGUAAUUAAUGACCACAAGACCUAUAAUUUUAUUUAAAGUUGCACUCUGUAACUUUUCUGGUAGGGGGUCUGCCACCUGCUUGACUCCACAUUGUACAUGCUAUUGUUUUUCCUGAAAUGUUCUACAGUAUAGUAUUUAAUUUAACUUUCUCCAUUUUCUAUAUUCGUUACCAUGUAGCUGAUUAGCCUCUGUGGUGCCUUUGAGCUCUUAGUAUUUGAAUUUUUCUAUGAGGACAAAUGAAUGGAAAAUUUACUUCUAGAACAAGAGCAGGUGGUCACUGUUAAGCUCCAUAAUAAGCCGAUUAUUUUAGAUUUUUAAAUAGUCUUAAUGCACUACACCUGAAUGCGUGUGCGUGUUGCGAUGCUGUACAGUAGUUUUACACUUUUUUUUUUUUUUUUUUUUUAGAUCCAACAUAAUUAAUAAGUGAAAUAGAUUCCCUGCUGUAAAUUCUCCUGAGAUAAAGUGUGUAUGUAACAAGCCUGUUUCAUCUAGACCUUCCAGCUGCUUGUUACCAUAUUUAUGUCUAGAUGUUUAUUCUCCCCUCUAGGUGUAUGUAGUUGGAAUAACAUCAACACAGCAUUAUUAUUUAACUGACAUUAUUUUUAUGUGCAUAUGUUUACAAAGCUCCAUCAUGUCUUACGUAUUUGUCUGUUGCCUUUGUUCUCGUUAUCUUGUUUUUGUAAUUGUAUCUGUAAAUGGUCUAUUAACAAUUUAAAAACU